AUUCAGCUGGUUGUCAACUGCUGUCAAAACCGGUGGUGCUGUCAGUUUUGCUGUCUGUUAUAUGCGCUAUUUGUUGUAUUAACUUGGCACAAUUUAGAUUACAAUGGCGGAUUUCGGAGAUAAUUUUGAUCAAAGCGAAAUUGAUCCCGCUGCCGAAUUCUUGGCCCGCGAGCAGGCGGAAUUAGGAGUAAUCGACGAUCUUAAACCAAUUUCAACGCCAGCGGUACAAACUGUAAAUGGUGAUGGUGCUCCUCUUGAUGUUCAUAAAGAGAAUUCUGGCUCAAGCUUUGAAAUGAUUGAUGAGUUGGAACAAGAGGGCUUAGAUGCUCCCCCAAAGCAAGAAACCAAUUCCGAGCUAAACUAUUUUGAUACAAUGCAUGAAAAUGUUCAAGAUCCUUAUUCAUAUGAAAAUGAUUUUGGACGUGAAGUGUCUCCAUCGCCGCCUUUAUAUAGGCAGGAAGUUCGCGAGGAGCCGGAAAAAAUUAAGAAAUGGAGAGAGGAUCAGAUCCAACGUCUCGAGGAAAAAGAUAUAGAAGAGGAGAAGAAAAGAUUGGAAUGGAGAGAGAUUGCUAAAAAGGAAUUGGAAGAUUGGUAUAAGAACCAUGAAGAAACAAUAGCCAAGACUAAAGCAGCAAACAGGGAUGCUGCAAAGAAUGCCGAGAAACAAUUCGUAGCCGACGACAAAGAAAUUGAGCCAGGAACUGAAUGGGAAAGAAUUGCCAAGUUGUGCGAUUUCAAUCCGAAAGCCAAGCAGGGCAGUAAAGAUGUGUCUCGUAUGCGUUCACUUAUCUUACAAAUGAAACAAUCCCCGCUUCCUGUAAAUAGCGCCUGAAGCACUAAACAGGAUUAAACAAUACAAUUAUAUAAAUCUAGAAUUAUGUUAAAAAAAAAUAUAUUUAAUACUUUACGACUUAUUUUCGUAUAUUAAUCUCUGAUUUUUGCGAUAUGAUGAAUUCAUUACAUUAUUUAUAUUUGUUUUAUUAGCCAAAUUGUUUCCGUACGUUUUUGUUUGCAUUACAUUAACAUUCCCUUAUAUACAAAAGUGUUUCCAAUAAUUAAAAUGUUGAUCAAUGUUACAGCAAAUUAGAAAUAAUAAAAAAAACAGGCCGCAGUUGGUACUAAUA